AUGCGCCUUCUGCAGCGCCAAGGCGAGGACAGCUUCCGACUCGUCUAUCACGUUGAUGAGCAGAUACCGCCUUACGUAAUCCUUUCGCACAUCUGGGGAAACGAAGAGGACGAAGUUUCUUUCAAAGACUUGAUCAAUGGAACAUACAGAAAGAGAAAAGGUUAUCGCAAACUCGAAUUUUGUGCACAACAAGCAGCUGAGGAUGGUCUUGACUUCUUCUGGAUUGAUACAUGUUGUAUCGAUAAGUCUAGCAGCGCAGAGCUUCAAGAAGCUAUUGGCUGCAUGUUCCGUUGGUAUAGGGAUUCAGCCAAAUGCUGCGUAUAUCUUGAAGAUGUUCGAUAUGAUCCAUAUGAGUCUCUCCCGGUGUUUCCGGAAUUCGAAAAGAGCAGGUGGUUUACUAGGGGAUGGACACUUCAAGAGCUCCUUGCACCAAAAGACGUUGAGUUCUAUACUACAGAAACUAUUUCGAUCGGACGAAAGUCACAGCUGAUCGAUGAGAUCGCUGAUAUCACUGGCAUUUCUACAGAAGCUCUACAGGGCACACCAUUAUCGCGCUUUAGUAUCGACCAAAGGAUGAAGUGGACAGAGGGACGGAAGACAACGCGCCAGGAAGAUCUGGCCUAUUCGCUACUAGGUAUAUUUGACAUACAAAUGUCACUCUUCUAUGGUGAAGGCAGGGAAAGAGCGUUCGAGCGACUGAAGAAAAAGAUAAGAAAGUCUCAAGAAACUGUUGGCUCGAUGCCCCAGGAACCAGAACUUGUCGCACUUCGGUCUAACCACUUCGAAUUCGUUUUGCAUAGCCCCACAAUGCUGCACGAGACAGACGCUCAAUACAGCCUCCUGAUGGGCAAUGACUCGAACGAGGCCGGAAAGCCAGAUCUAUGUGCAGUGAAGAGAGGUGGUACCAACUUUCAAAACCUCAAAAUCAACCUCCUCUACGGAGCUUACAACUAUCAAAACUUCGUCCUUCGAAUAGCGACACCAAAUUAUACACCAUUGCGUGAAAAUUGGACCAUGACUGAACAAUCCAGUGCAGGACCAAUGAGCUUCUUUCUCGCAGAUUGGAGCGGUGAUGGUACGUUAGAUCUCGUAAUGAUCAAGAGGUUCUACACUAGUACACAGAGUACUGAGGUUCGAAUAUUCUCUGGAACCGACAAGUGCCAAAAGAUCUUAUUUGAAGGCGGUACAAAACUCGAGGAAACAGAUGACACAUGGGCUUUUGGCAUGGGAAAAUGGGGUCAGGGCAAAAGAGCGGACUUGAUUGCAAUCAAAAAGUCCAAGACUGCAAGCAAGACCACUGAAGUGUACAUUUUGGAUGGGGAUGAUCAUUUCAAGACCGUCAAACUGCACACUCAGACUGCCUUGCACGAGACGGAUUCGAAAUGGGACUUUGUAGUUGCUGACUCGAAUGGAGACGGAAAGCCCGAUCUAAUCGCCAUUAAAAAGAGCAGGACGACUACCAAAUGCACAGAGGUGCAUGUAUUAUCUGGAGCGUCUUCGUUCCAGGAAUUCAUUUUACGAGCGGAAACCCCGCUGUUCAAAAGCCACGGUCCAUUCGAAUUUGCCGUAGCGGAUUGGACUAGGAAUGGAAAGUCAGAUUUGAUUGCAUUCAAGAAGAGGGAAACCGCGACUGGUAACACAGAGGUGCAUGUCAUGAGUCAGCUGAUCUAA